AUGGGCCCCGCGAAGGCAUCACCUGGUCCUCAUCAUCGGCGACGACUUUUGCGCGGCUUGAGGCGACCUAAGGCUCCUCUUCUCUCGGUCACAUCGGCAAGAGAUCCCACAGUGGAAGUAUUCAAUAUGGAACUUACUGCUGCAAAAGUUAUCCUGCAAUUUGAAGGACGAGAGCCAUUUUGGCCUUCAAUGGUGCUGAAAAAAUGGCUAAACAUCAGGCCGAAGUUAAAUGAUUUCAGCGAAGACGAGUUUGAUACAGGCGGUGAAGACAAUGAUGGUAGUAACUCUGGAGAUGAUAAUGGAAAUAUCAAAUACAUGAUUAGCAAAUCCUCAGGAGAGAAAACAGUUCCUCUGCGAAGGCUUCAGAGAAGGAAAUCAGCGAGUUUACGUGUUAGCUACAUCACUAACAAAGAUGUGAGGGUGAUGAUAGGAACAUGGAAUGUUGCUGGAAGAGUGCCUAGUGAUGACCUUGAUCUUGAUCAGUGGCUUUGUACCCAAGAGCCAGCAGACUUGUAUGUUUUAGGUUUCCAGGAAGUUGUCCCAUUAAGCGCUGGUAAUGUCUUGGGAGCGGAGGACAGUAGACCAAUACAGAAAUGGGAAGCUCUUAUCCGCCAAACACUUAACAGGUCUCAACACAUCAAGACAAUCUGCAAAAGCUACAGUGCUCCACUCUCACCAUUACUAAGACCUGUUGCUUCAGGCGAUGGGCACGAAUAUACAAAAUCCAAACCUGAAGAUAGAGUGACAGGAAGUUUAACUCAGCUUAGAGAUUGGCCAACUAGUAAGAGUAAGCUUCAUUGCAACUGGUUCGAUGAGACCAGUUCAUUGGAGUUGCCAGAAUAUCCACUCGACACUCCAUCAAAGGUUUUGGUAUCAGGUACAGGAUUGAGGCGAGUCAUGAGCUUGGGGUUAUUUAGCGCCAACUUUGUGGAAAACCGUCGAGGUCUUGAGCUCCAGGAUGUAGAUUUGCAUGCUGGGAUGAGAAGGCAGUAUCAUAGCUCAGGAAAUCUUAGCAUGUUAUGGUCUGAACAGCAGGAGAAGCUUGAUGUUUUAAAUUCGCUUGAUCAGUUAUCUGAUUUGGCGUCAGAAGAAGACUCAACUUUUGAUGAUACUGUUGAGGACUGUGCUACUCUUGGGAAAAGAGAAUCUUUCAAGCAUCGUGCAAAUUAUGUGCGCAUUGUUAGCAAACAAAUGGUUGGAAUAUAUGUUUCUGUAUGGGUUUCCCGAAAAUUGAGGCGACAUGUUAACAACUUGGAGGUAUCACCGGUUGGGGUUGGACUUUUGGGAUACAUGGGCAACAAGGGAUCGAUUUCCAUCAGCAUGACUCUUUUCCAAACUCGAUUGUGCUUUGUCUGCUCUCAUCUUGCAUCUGGUCAUAAAUCAGGGGAUCAACAAAAAAGGAACGCUGAUGUUUAUGAGAUUUUACAAAGAACAAGUCAAAUUUUCUGGUUCGGGGAUCUUAACUACCGCGUUGACCUGCCGGAUUCUGAAGUACGAUAUCUGGUGGCUAUGAAGAAGUGGGAUGAUCUUUUGAAGUCAGAUCAGCUAACGAAGGAGCUAAUAAGUGGGAAUACUUUUGUUGGUUGGAAGGAAGGCUUGAUUAACUUCCCACCAACUUACAAGUGCGAUCGUGUAAUAUGGUUGGGGAAGGGUACCAAACAACUAUCAUAUGGGAGCUCUGGUUUGAACCUCUCAGAUCACCGGCCAGUCAGCGCCGUCUUCUUGGUCGAAGUUGAAGUGUUCAAUCAACAAAAACUCGAAAGGGUCUUGAACUUCAAUCCUGGAUUCGUUUCAAAUGGGAAUAUUACAUGA